AUGCAAAUAUGUCAGUCCAUAUCCCCCUUUCCCUCCCUCUUCCCACUCUUCAUUAUCCCUCCGUCCCCUUCUCUUCGCUUAUCUCCCCAUCUCACCCACACUCUACAUCUCCUCUCUCUCGCUAUCUCAUUCACUCUUUCUCUUAGAAUAGUAAAUAUAUCAAGCAAUUUAGACACGACGGAAAUUUCCCCUGUGGCGAUUUUCGAAAUCUAUCUCACCUCAUUUUUCGUUUCUUUUUUUAAACUGUUUUUUUUUUCUUUUUAUGUUUCUUUUUUUUUUUUCCUCGCUGCUUUUCUUAUUUCUGGCCCCAAAGCUGCUACAUUGUUUUUUUUUGCAUGCACGAUGAGAUACACUCUGCCAUUUAUACUUGAGGCUUUUCCUUUCUUUUCAUCAAAUUUUGUCACGUUUUUCCCAGCAGAAAAUUUUAUUUUCAACAGAAUCAAUUUUCCCUCAACACAUUCUUUGUUUGUCUAUUUCAGUUCUUUUAUCCCCAUCAUAUCUCUCUGUCUAUCUAUCUAUCUAUCUAUCUAUCUAUCUAUCUAUCUAUCUCUCUGUCUAUCUAUCUAUCUAUCUAUCUAUCUAUCUAUCUAUCUAUCUAUCUAUCUAGGCUGUUCCUUAUCCAUCUAUCUAUCUAUCUAUCGAGGCUGUUCAUUAUCUAUCUAUCUAUCUAUCUAUCUAUCUAUCUAUCUAUCUAUCUAUCUAUCUAGGCUGUUCCUUAUCCAUCUAUCUAUCUAUCUAUCGAGGCUGUUCAUUAUCUAUCUAUCUAUCUAUCUCUCUGCUGUUCAUUAUCUAUCUAUCUAUCUAUCUCUCUGUCUAUCUAUCUAUCUAUCUAUCUAUCUAUCUAUCUAUCUAUCUAGGCUGUUCCUUAUCCAUCUAUCUAUCUAUCUAUCGAGGCUGUUCAUUAUCUAUCUAUCUAUCUAUCUAUCUAUCUAUCUAGGCUGUUCCUUAUCCAUCUAUCUAUCUAUCUAUCGAGGCUGUUCAUUAUCUAUCUAUCUAUCUAUCUAUCUCUCUGUCUAUCUAUCUAUCUAUCUAUCUAUCUAUCUAGGCUGUUCCUUAUCCAUCUAUCUAUCUAUCUAUCGAGGCUGUUCAUUAUCUAUCUAUCUAUCUAUCUAUCUAUCUAUCUAUGCUGUUCCUUAUCCAUCUAUCUAUCUAUCGAGGCUGUUCAUUAUCUAUCUAUCUAUCUAUCUAUCUAUCUAUCUAUCUAUCUAG